CGUCAUACUGCAAAGUUCGUUCCGGAGCCAGGUGUUCGGUCUUUCCUUUAUCCUCUUCUUCCUCCUUCCUUCACUUAAAUUCGCUCAUUCUUUACCCAAUUAAAGAACCCGUUUAUUUCCUGCCCCUAGCGGAACUUUUGUGGAGCCGGAACCAAUGAAUUGCACUGCACUGGCAGCCGGAGGACUGUUUUGGUAUGGGACCACCAAGUCUCUGCGAUGAGUUGUUUUGGGAUAGUUCCGGAAAGCAUAGGUGAGGUGUUCUUCUCCAGCUAUGCAUCGACAGAAUUUUCGACCCCCGACUCCUUCUUGCCCUGGCCCGAGUGUAGGAGGUUGGAGUACCGGGAACAGCUUCCGGGGUACCCCGGGCGGAGGCGGACCCCGGCCGCCAUCUCCUAGGGACGGGUACGGGAGUCCUCACCACACGCCAUCGUAUGGGCCCUGGUGUAGGCCCUACGGGAGCAGCCACUCUCCGCGACACGGCGGCAGCUUCCCCGGGGGCCGUUUCGGGUCUUCGUCCCCUGGCAGCUACCCUGGCACCUACUCCAGGUCCCCGGCGGCGUCCCAGCAGCAGUUCGGCCACUCCCCAGGGCAGCACCAGACCCAUCCCCAGGGUUCUCCAAGGACAUCUACACCUUUUGGAUCAGGGCGUGGUAGAGAAAAAAGAAUGUCUAAUGAGUUGGAAAGUUAUUUCAAACCUUCAAUGCUUGAAGACCCUUGGGCUGGCCUAGAACCAGUAUCUGUAGUGGAUAUAAGCCAACAAUACAGCAGUACUCAAACAUUCACAGGCAAAAAAGGAAGAUACUUUUGUUAAAAUUUCUGAAAUUCACCUGGAAGCUUCAUGUGUCAGGAACAUCUUGGACAAAACUUUCACUUGUGUAUUUAAGUUGAACCCUGACAUGGUGACUUUAAUUGAAUAAUUAGCUGGUUCUUCUUGGUAUUUUUCAUCAUAUCAAAUAUUGUUGGUAUUAGAGACGAACUAUGGUAGGAUAAUUUGCAAUAUUUAGCUCUCUGGAAGUGCCUGUCACAUUUUAGAAGAUUUAUAGUUUCCAAAUAUUUAACAUUCUUGGUUAUAUAAUAGACAUUUGUCUUUUAAUGUUUUUCCAAUGUUUUAAAAUAGAACAUUUUGUCUU